ACGUACAUCCAUGUGUUUAAUCGCGAUAUGAAGCUCAAACAGCGCGAACGGGCCGCCCGCGACGAGGAAAGCCAGAUGGUGGAAUAUAUCAGGGACGAGGUUGCAAGACGCACAAUUGAGCGGCUGGCGUUCCUGAAAACGCCGUUUUCGACAGUCAUGGACUUUGGCUGCAACGCGGGCAAUUUCGAACGCCAGCUGUGCGACGUCCGCCCCGACGACGACAAGCGAUGGCGCGACGACAAAAACCUUGUGCGAUCUAAGAUCGAGAAAAUUUACAUGGUGGACUCGUCGCAGAAUAUGCUAGAUAAAUAUAAAAGUGCCCCGUUCAACUCCAUGCUGAACAUUGAGCGCAUCAACACAGACGAGGAGGCGUAUUCGCACCCGCUACUGAUGAAAAAAGACAUGUUCAACGUGAUUGUGUCGAACUUGUCGCUGCACUGGAUUAACGACCUGCCGACGGUCUUUAAGAAGCUGUACAACUCGCUGCAGCCGAAUGGGUGCUUUGUCGGGUCCAUGUUUGCCGGCGACACGCUGUUCGAGCUGCGCACGGCGCUGCAAUUGGCCGAGAUGGAGCGCUGCGGCGGUCUUUCUCCACGUGUGUCGCCGUUCGUCGAGUCCUCCGACGUCGGCACCCUGAUGCAAAAAGCCGGCUUCCAGAUGCUGACGAUCGACGUCGAGGAGAUCGUCGUGGAGUAUCCGGACGUGCUGGCGCUCAUGAAGGACCUGCAGCUGAUGGGCGAGUCGAACUCGAUCCUGAGCACGCCGCCUGCUCUGCGCAAGGACCUGCUGAUCGCGCUGCAGCCGAUCUACCACGCCAUGCACGGCGACCCACGCACGGGCAACCUGCCGGCGACUUUCCGGUUUGUGUUUAUGAUCGGCUGGAAACCCGGAGAGAACUUCCCGCAGCCCGCACCACGCGGCAGUGCAAACGUGAAUUUGAAAGAUGUGCUAAAGUGAGUCGCACUCAAUCUCCUGCAGAGCUUCCAGGGCAGCCAGCCGAACGCUUGCGGUGGGAUGCUUCUUGCUCAGCCACGUCAGCCGUGCCACACAGUCUCCCUUCGUGUCUGCCGGGUCUGCAAGUGCCAGCUGGACAAAGACGCGAAUAGCCACCGCGAGCCGUCCUGGGUGCGUUUUACCCAGCGUGAGGUUGUACACACGCACAAAGAUGCUCCGUGCAGCAAUCUCUGCUGGCAGCGGCAGGUUCAACUCCAGCGCAUUGCACAGGAAGCGUAAGCAGGCGUCCUGUGUUUUGGUAGCACGCUCUAUGCGGCUCUGUGCGGUGUCUAGCGGCUUCAAAAUAGACAGAAUGUCGCUUAGCACAGUUUUCCUGUCCUCUAGCUGCUCCCAGGCUUGGAAAAACGCCAGUAGCGCCGCGUUAGUGGCUUGUGCCAGGGACUGCUGGGAUCCGGCAGAAAAACAGUAGCCUUUCCAAAACUCGCGAGAAAGCUCUCUGUCCUGCACGACAUGCGCACAGUAGAUCCUCAUGAGUGCCUGGAAAUGGUCCACGUCGGACUCUGGCGGGACGAACUGCCACUCGUUGAGGUCUGCCACAAGCUUCAGCGCCGCGACACGCAGCCGCUCCAUGGUUUCGCCUGCUAUUCGCAGAAGCUUGCUGUUGAUGAGCGCGUGAUUGCCGAGUUUGUCUCUGUUGGCCUCAAUCAGAUCCAUUGUUGCCGACCUUACGAGACUUCCGACGUCGCCGCGGUUAGUGACCGUGUAGUCAUCGAGGCAUGCAAUAAGAGUCUGUUUUUGGUGGUCAGCCACGUCGUGGCGGUGCAGAUACUCUGCGAGCGACAGAAUGAGACAACUGCGCAGCUCGGCAUCAGCAUGCCCCGUCACGAGUCCCAGCACGUCGUUAACUCUUGUUUCCAGCCAGUUUGCAUGUCCAACAGCGCGCGCAGCCACCAAACUGCCGGUUUUGAUAUAGAGCAGCCAUUUCGUAAUAUAUUUUUCUG